CUUGGACCAAAAUCCCUCCCUUUAUCCACCCUUCUCGAGCCUUUAAUUUCGGUCAAUCCAGUCUCACCUCCCUCCCAUCAUGUCUACAGAAAUGGAAGUCGACCCUCCCGUGGCGCAGGAGGAAGAGGUGGAGGUCCCCGCGCAGUCGGGCAACAAUACCUCUGAUCCGAGAACGCAAGCGUCAGCUGUUGCAGUGCGCAGUAUCGAAGGAUGGAUUAUCAUCGCGACCAACAUUCAUGAAGAGGCCUCCGAGGAGGACGUGACGGAUCUGUUUGCUGAAUAUGGAGAGAUCAAGAACUUCAAUCUCAACCUCGAUCGCCGGACGGGUUAUGUGAAGGGUUACGCGUUGAUCGAAUACUCCACCCUCCCCGAAGCCUCAGAAGCCAUCAAGGCUUUGAACGGAUCCAAAUUGCUGGACCAGACAAUCCAGGUCGACUUCGCCUUUGUGCGGCCACCCCCAUCGAACAACAAAGGAAAGAAUGCUGGACAAAGAGGUGGCCGUGGUGGACGAGGACGCAGCAGGAGUCGCGAUAGGAGUCGCAGCCCUGGAGCGGAGGAGGCUAGAGACUAGGCGUAUUGUUGUGGCAGCAUUGAGGAGUUGACUUUUGUUUACUCUACUUUAUGACCUUGGCAGGCACCUUAUAUCUUGCUUUCUCUUGCCUCGUCGCGUCUAG